AUGCCCACUAAACUGCCUCUUCUCUUUUUCUUUUUUUUCAUAUCUCUCACAUCAGGGUGGAAUGUGAUCAUGGUUAAUGGACAGAAAACAUGGUGUGUGGCAAAGCCUUCGUCAGAUCAAGCAACACUUUUAUCAAACCUAAAUUACGCUUGCUCUCAAGUUGAUUGUAGAGUUCUCCGUAAAGGAUGUCCCUGCUCUACCCCUGACAAUCUCAUCAACCAUGCUUCCAUAGCCAUGAAUCUCUACUAUCAAUCUAGAGGGAAAAAUCACUGGAAUUGUGAUUUUAGAGCAUCUGGCUUAGUUGUUGUCACUGAUCCAAGUUAUGGUGAUUGCAUUUAUGCAUAG